UUAGUGUACAUAUUUGGUCUCCCAAGUGUUGAGAAGAGACUGAGAUGGGGAAGGGAGAGGGAUCAACGAAAGCUGAUAACAAAAAAGAGCUAGAAGAAGCGAAUGCAGUGAUGCAAGCCUGGAAGUAUGCGUUAGGGUUCACAGAGUUAGCGGUGCUAAAGUGUGCGAUCGAGCUCGGUGUGGCCGAUGAGAUUGAGACCCAAGGUGGCGCUGCCACUCUAUCUCAGCUCUCUGCUGCCCUCAACUGCUCCUACACUUCACUCUACCGAAUCAUGAGGUUUCUUGUCCACAACCGGGUUUUCAAGGCAAAGGCAGCAGCCACCCAAGAGGCCACCACUUAUUUGCAAACGGCGCUCUCCCGGCGCCUCCUCAAGGGAGGUGAGAAGAGCAUGGCCAGCUUGAUUUUGUUUGAGAGCACCCCGAUCAUGCUGGCUCCUUGGCAUGGUCUGAGCGCUUGGGUCUCAUCCAACAAGGCGGCUCCACCACCCUUCGAGGCAGCUCAUGGCCAGGACAUAUGGGCCUACACGGCCCAGAAUCCCGAACACAGUAGGCUCCUGGACGAGGCCAUGGCCUGCGAUGCGAGGCUAGCAGCAGCAGCAGUCAUUGGCAGCUGCCCAGAGGUGUUUGAAGGGAUUGAAGUGAUGGUCGAUGUAGGGGGAGGCAAUGGGACAUUCGUGGGGAUGAUGGUGAAGGUCUUACCGCAGAUCAAAGGCAUCAACUUCGAUCUGCCUCAUGUCGUCUCCAUUGGCCCACACUGGAAUGGGGUGGAGCACGCCGGAGGAAACAUGUUUGAGAGCAUCCCCAAGGCCGAUGCCACUUUCCUAUUGAAGGUACUCCAUGAUUGGUCCGAUAGCGAGUGCAUCCAAAUAUUAAAGAAAUGCAAAGAAGCCAUUGCUGAAGAUAACAAUGAUGACAGCAUCUCCGACGGGAAACAGAUUAAGAAGAAGAGGAAGAAGGUGGUAAUUGUCGAAGCUGUGAUUGAUGAUGAUUAUGAUGAUGAGGAGCAAGAUGAACAAGGCAGUCAGUUGCAGAGCUGGACUGGGGUGAGGUUGGGACUUGACAUGGUGAUGAUGGCCCACACCAAUGGAGGCAAAGAAAGGACCCGCACAGAGUGGGCCCAUGUCCUCAAUGAAGCUGGAUUCUCUAGUUUCUCCAUCAAGCCCACCUCUGCUGUCCAAUCCAUUAUUGAAGCCUUUCCUUGAGCUUGCUAUUGAAUACUUGAAUAGUCCCUCACAUGGUUUUAACAUAAAAACUAUUAUAUCAUUGAUUUGAUAUAGUUGUCACCAUACAACUUCGGACUCACUUGCACAUGCAUCGGUAAUUGACAAAGAAGAUUCGAAUAAAGUCAUAGACUGGAUAUAUAUAUAUAUAUAGAGAGAGAGAGAGAGAGAUAGAGUUUAAUCAGCUUGCUUGUUGAGAUCAUCUCCAGAUGAAUUAGGAAUGACCCAAAGUUGGGAGAGGUUGAAUUCGUCUGGAUUUGCAACCUCAAUUGCCCAUACAUUUAUGUUUGCUUUUACUCCACAGUACAACUGAUGUACAGCCAGAUACCUAA